AUGCAGACGGUAGAACUUCUAGCUUUGGGCUUGACCCUCACAAUAGCGGCGGUCUUUGGGGAUACGGGAUUCCUCUUAAACACACGUCGCGACCAGGAGAAUCCCCAGCAAAUUGAAGCGGAGGUGGAGUCUCUGGUGAGGAGCUCUUUUUACGCCGCCGAUCCCAUAGUCUUAAACAUUCCCCGCUGGCUGGGUGGCAGUUCCUCCCCAGAAAUCUCCGCUGUGGUCUCCGCCCGACUUCAACAGCAGGACAGCAAUAUAAUCAGUGUGGAUCUGUCGGAAGCCCAGAAUGAAACGGAGAUUAUCAAUAGAGUUUCCAAUCUGGUAAUCCUUCUGAACAGCUACUUUGAUGUCCCACUAGAUCGCAUCCUGGUCUUGGGUUUUGCUGAGGGUGCCCAUUUGGCUGGAGGAGUGGCUGCCAAGGUGCAGCAGGAUCUGAGUGGCCAGUUGCCUCAAAUCACAGCCCUUGAUCCCUCAUCUGGCGAAGAUCUGAAGCACAAGCUAUCCCCCUCCGAUGCCCAGUUCGUUGAGGUUGUGCACACAAAUGCCGGGGGAGAGGGCACCUGGGAGCAGCUGGGUCAUGUGGAUUACUACCCAAAUGGAGGACAAACCCAGCCAGGAUGCUCCUCGAACUCCUGUUCGCAUGAGAGAUCCUUGGAUCUGCUGGCGGAGAUGUGGUCUCCAGAGAAUGACUUUGUAAGCGCCCGCUGCGACUCGGUGGAAACUCUAGGUGCCUCCAACUGCCGUUGGACCUCCCACAAAAUGGGAGAACAAGCAGAGGAGUCGCCUGUCACAGGCAUCUACUUCCUGGAGACCCAACAGUCCUCACCCUUUGCCCGAGGAGCCUACCACAUCGCCUUCUUGUGAGGAGCAUUUCCAAUAAAAAGCCAAAAGA